AAAUCAGAUUAAUGAAUGUGCACACAGAUUCAGUGUUCAUAGGCCUAAUAUUGUUCUGAAAGAGUUGGCUGUGAGGAUAUAAUUGGUGUUUAAAAUAUCUCAUGGUUUCAACAAAAAAGACGGUAAAAACAUCCGGUAUAUGUUUUAAACUCUUGUCAAAGUGACUCAUCUUUCUAAACAUACAAGAUCUUUGAGACGCAAACGCACGCCCACCUCUUCAGGUUUCCCGUUGCCAUGGAAACAGCAGCAUCACAAACAGACUACACUUUGGAUAAUUUAUAAAAGGAAAAAACAUCCCCAAAAAAACACAAUGUCUGGAUCUACAGAGCGCGCGCUCCUGGAGCUGAACCUGCGGAGGGAGACGUGGUGUCAGGUGGAGAUGAACCCCCGGCAGUCCUGGGAGAGGACCGAGAGGAGACACUACCGGAGUCACCUGCAGACCAGCCCUGUCCUCCUCACUGCUUUGACCGCCGGACCACAGCGCAGGGCGGCCUGCAGUGAGCGGUUGCCCCCUGCCAAGCUAUCGGAGAGAAGGCACUACGAGGAGAGCUAUGAAACACACCUGGUGUAGACGGCUGCAGCCUGACAGGACCCACAAGCUAAUACAACAAAUACACACUGGACCUGAACACACUUCAACUCUCAGUGUUAUACUUCUUUAAACAGGAUACAUCAUAAUACAAUAUCCAAAAUACAUUAUGCCAUCAGUCAUUCAUUUAAGAAUAUAAACCCACUUUUAUUAAAUGUAAGGUGGUAGAAGUGUUUGCCUUGUUUUUCCGCUUGUUUCGAAAAAAAAAUCAACUAGUCUGUACUUUGCCUGGGAGAAUUGAAUAAAUAUGGCUCAUUAGUCCAGAACU